AAUGUUGAGCAACGAUAAAUACUGUUUUUGGUGUUUUCUAUUUGGUUCAGUAUUCUUCAUUUCUGUAGAUACUCAACACGUUAAUAUUGCCUUUAACCAAACUGUUUCUGUAUCCACUUCAAACGGGAAUGACGGUGAUUUAGCGGUAAAUGGAAUAUUUCAUAUAGAUAGUUUCUUUCAGACCAACAUUUCAUUAUCAUUGCGUCAAUGGUGGAUGGUAACUUUUGACAAACAAUAUUUCGUUCGAACAAUUAGAAUUCUCAAUUCAAAAGAUGGUUCUGGCAUGAAAGAUAUAGACUUUUUAACUCAUAUCUCUACUGUUAAUUAUCUCAAUUCUAGUCAAUUUUCACUUUGUAAUACAAUAAAUGAAAUAAUACCAAAAAGAAAAGCUGCAACAAUUGAUUGUUUAAAAGGUCCCCAAUAUUCAAGAUCACUUGUUGUGGAGAAAAGAUCAACUGAUCACCCGUUAACUAUAUGCGAAAUUGAAAUUUGGACAAUGAGAGAUAUUGAUAGAAAUAAAAUGGAUGUUUCUACAAAUGGUUGGUGGCUUAGAAAUGCUAAUGAUGGUCAAAGUGACUCUGGAAGAUUUUUGAAGUGUCCAGAAACUGCGUCCGCAUCCCCUGGGUGGUGGAAAAUGAACUUGGAAGUCAUGAGUGAGUUAUACGCCGUUUCUAUUGUGAGUAGAGCUGGAUUCAAUAGUCGUUUGAAUUCCAUUAAUAUAAUUGUAAACAAUGAUAAUACCGAAUUGCCAUGGAUACCAGAAAGAAUAUGCAGUAGCAUUGACAAAGCUUCCUCAUAUAUGACUAGAAGAUGCCAAAAGUCUACUGUUGGUCAAUUUCUUGCUUUAGUUAGGUCAACGGCAUCGAACGUUAUUAUGUCUAUUUGCGAGAUUGAAGUGUUUGGUUCAACUAUUAAAGAUGAACCUCAAGUUAAUUGGGUUAUAAAUAGUUACAACUCUUCAUUUCAACAUUAUAAUGAUAAUAGUUCCUGCUCUGUUAAUGCUGUUCAUUCAAUUGGUAUUUCUCAAUACCAAUCAAAAGCCCUGGUGGCUGAAUUAAAGGGUGUAUCACUACUUCAGUCAUGUCUUAAUGCUGCAUUUAAAAUCUACGUGACAUCAUUCACCAUUGAAGAAGAAUGUGAACUGAUAAAUCAUGUAGAUGGAUACUACUCUGAGUUAGAUAUGAUGGAUUCUUGUAUUUUUAAAUGUCAAUGUCAGUCUAAUAAUUGUUUGAGAAUUCAUUUCACAAUUUUACAGUCUAAACUACUCACUUUAAAUAGAGAUUUCUAUAUUAUUGUCAAUAUUUAA